AUGGCUGAAAACGGGGACAUCAACACCGUCCUCAGCAACUCGCUGUCGCCUGAUGCGACUACGCGAAGCUCCGCCGAGCAACAGCUUACCCAGGCUGCCGAGAACAACUUUCCCCUAUACCUAGCAACUCUCGUUCAGGCGCUAGCAGACGACAAUGUCGAGGGCCAAAUCCGAGUAGCCGCAGGUCUUGCCCUCAAGAACGCCUUCACAGCCCGCGAGUUCGCCAGACAACACGAACUUCAAGGAAAAUGGCUUCAGGGAACAGACCAAGAUACCAAGACUCGCGUCAAGUCGUUAGCUCUGCAGACUCUGUCGUCGACCAACGCACAAGCUGGUCAGGCUGCCGCUCAGGUCAUCGCCUCCAUCGCUGGUAUUGAACUUCCUCGUGACCAGUGGCCUGACCUCCUCAGCACCUUGGUUCAGAAUGUCAGCAGCGGAGGACCUCACCAGAAGCAGGCCUCGCUCACAUGUAUUGGUUACAUUUGCGAGAGCCAAGAUCCCGAGCUGCGAACCGCCUUGAUCAGCCAUUCUAACGCUAUUCUCACCGCCGUUGUGCAGGGUGCCCGUAAGGAGGAGACCAACAACGAGGUCCGUCUCUCGGCCAUCUCUGCUCUCGGCGACUCUCUCGAGUUCGUCGGCAACAACUUCAAGCAUGAGGGCGAGCGGAACUACAUCAUGCAGGUUGUCUGCGAGGCCACACAAGCCGACGACUCGCGGAUACAACAAGGUGCUUUCGGUUGUCUCAACAGAAUCAUGGGUCUAUACUACGAGAACAUGCGCUUUUACAUGGAGAAGGCCCUCUUUGGUCUUACCAUCUUGGGCAUGAAGAACGAGGACGAGGAUGUGGCCAAGCUUGCCGUCGAGUUCUGGAGCACCGUUUGCGAGGAGGAGAUCAAUAUUGAGGAAGACAACGCGCAAGUCGAGAGCUCGGACCAGAUGCGACCUUUCUACAACUUCGCUCGCGUUGCUACCAACGAGGUUGUCCCUACACUCCUUCUCCUGUUGACCAAGCAAGACGAGGACGCUACAGAUGAUGAGUACAAUCUGUCCCGAGCCGCAUACCAAAGUCUUCAGCUUUACGCUCAAGCUGUCGGGGCCAACAUCAUCCCACCCGUCAUUCAGUUCGUCGAGGGCAACCUGCGUUCUGACGACUGGCACUUCCGUGAAGCUGCCGUUGCUGCUUUCGGCGCCAUCAUGGAGGGCCCUGAAGAGAAGGUUCUUGAGCCCAUUGUCAAGCAGGCCUUGCCGGUUCUCAUCACCAUGAUGGAGGACAGCAACACCUUCGUCAAGGACUCCACUGCAUAUGCCCUUGGCCGUAUCACCGAGGCCUGCUCGGAGGCUAUUGACCCCAACACCCAUCUCGAUCCCUUGAUCCGCUCACUGUUCGCUGGUGUUCACGAUGCUAAGAUGGCAAGCUCUUGCUGCUGGGCACUGAUGAACUUGGCGGAGCGUUUCUCGGGCGACUUGGACGCCUCCACCAAUGCUAUCACUCCUCACUUCAAUGCCAGCGUCACCAACUUGCUCAAUGUUACGGCAUCACACGAGGCCGAGACCACCGUGCGCACGACUGCUUACGAGGUGCUCAGUGCUUUUGUGCAGCAUGCUGCCACCGAGAGCUUCCCCGCUAUUGCAUCUCUUUCGGAAGUCAUCAUCAAGCGCCUGGAGGAGACAAUUCCCUUGCAGACCCAGGUUGUCAGCAUUGAGGACAAGAUUGCUUUGGAGGAGAUGAAGACCAGCUUGAACACUGUCUUGCAAUCCAUCAUUCUGCGACUCGACAAGGAGAUCGCACCUCUGGGUGACCGGAUCAUGCAGGUCUCCCUGCAGAUUCUCAGCAACACUUCCGGCAAGUCGACCGUUCCCGAGGCCAUUUUCGCCACCAUUAGUGGUUUGUCCAACGCCAUGGAAGAAGAUUUUGUCAAGUACAUGGAUGCAUUCACUCCUUUCUUGUACAACGCUCUUAACAACGCCGAUGAACCCAGCUUGUGCGCCAUGGCCAUCGGUCUUGUAAGCGACAUUACGCGCUCGAUGAAUGAGCGUGCCCAACCUUACUGCGACAGCUUCAUGAACUACCUGCUCAACAACCUGAGGAGCCCUGCGUUGGGCAAUCAGUUCAAGCCUGCCAUCUUGCAGUGCUUUGGUGACAUUGCCAAUGCUAUUGGAGGUCACUUUGAGACCUACCUAUCAGUCGUCGCUCAAGUGUUGCAGCAAGCUGCGACUGUUACUGCUAGCUCUGACAGCAGUUACGAGAUGUACGACUACGUCAUCUCGUUGAGAGAAGGAAUCAUGGACGCGUGGGGCGGUAUCAUUGGUGCCAUGAAGAUCAGCAACAAGACUCAAGCCCUGCAGCCUUACGUGCAGUCUAUCUUCCAGUUGCUCAACCUGAUCUCACAAGACAUGAACCGUAGCGAGGCAUUGAUGCGAUCAUCUAUGGGAGUUAUCGGUGAUCUUGCUGACGCUUACCCCGGUGGUGAGCUUGUCGAUGCUUUCCGACAAGAUUGGUUGACUACUAUGAUCAAGGAGACCAAGACCAACCGCGAGUUCCAGUCACGCACCAUUGACACUGCUCGAUGGGCUCGAGAGCAAGUCAAGCGUCAACUUGGUGGCCAGCAAUCGACUAUGCAGACUUGA